AUGGAGGAUGCAAGUUUCGAUGAAGUUCCUGAAGAGCUACAAAUGAGGAUUAUGUCACGUUUACCUCUGAAAUCAUUGGUGACAUGCCUCUGCGUCGCUAAGAAAUGGGCAACUUUAAUCAGCACAAAAGCAUUCAGAGAUCGUUACUUGGACAAGUCGAUGACAAGGCCUAGAUUCUUGUUCGUCUCCGGUAUACACAGAACCGAAGCGUUGUUUCACUCUGUUUAUCAAAAGGAGUUGUUGUCGUCUGGUCAACAACAGAUACGUACAAACGAUGCACCACUUGCUGAGGUUUCUCAACCCGUCCGAGGUUUGAUCUGUCUUCAUGAUGGUAGUACUAAUGUUGUGAUUUGCAACCCUGGUGCGAAAAAAUUUCUUAGUUUACCGCAGAUCCAAAGGCCUGACGGAGCAACCAUAAGAUGUUUUUUCGGAUACGAUGAAUCUAAUGAUGUCUUCAAGGUGUUAUGUGCAAAACAGUUCGGAGAUGGUAAGGGGUCUAAGGAGUUUCAGGUAUACACGGUGAAGGAGGGAGCUGUUGAAGACUCUUCUUGGAGACGGAUCACAUGUGAGCAUGAUCAUUCACCACUUAGUUCUCAACUUAGUACUCAAGGACUAUGUAUAGAAGGGGUUUUGUACUAUGUAGCUCAGCCUAGUAGUGGCAAAUCUCUGGUCAUCAUGUGCUUUAACUUGAGUUCUGAAGAUUUUAGUGUCAUUGAAGUACCUGAGAGAGUCGAAAACUCUCGAGUUAAUGACCAUCGUUGGAAACUGGUGAACUACAAAGGGGAACUUGCCAUGGUGGACGACUAUGAGUUUAAAAGUGGUAUUCUCGAUGAAUGGUCUGAAAGUGACAAUGGAUUUUUUGAUAUUUGGAUUAGGAAAGAAGCUGCACGAAACUGGGAGAAUAAGAACUUUGAGAUUCCUCAUUGGGGAGAAAGUGUUGGAUUUCACAAGUUUUUUUUCAAAGGUACCAUUGCAACAGGAGAACUUGUUUUCGCACCAUACUGUUGGCCGUUAAGGGGACAACUCUAUGUGUUGUGUUACGAUACAGACACAAGAGACCUCAGAAGGUUUGAUGUUGAAGGAAUGGUUGAUCGAUACUUUUUUGUUCGAACCUUCUUGGAUCAUGUUGAUAGUACUUGGCUUAUGUCAAAGUGA